AUGGCGACGGACUUUGACGAAAAGUUGACAACGCUCUCCAAGAAAUUCCACAUUUUAGACGUGGGCUGCAUCCGGGAUACGCUAGAAAACUGCGAGGGCAAUGUCGACGUUGCAUCUGCUUUUCUCAGCUCAAUGGUCGAGCCAGCCGAGCCCGAAAAGCCCCAAAUGCAAAGUAUGAUGCAGGACUCCGAUGAGGACGAGGAGCUCAAGCGUGUUCUCGAGAUGAGUCAGCGGGAAGAGCGGGAGAAGCAAGCGAUCCUUGAGAGCUUGGAAAAGCCGAGUGCGAACAAAGAAGAUCCAUUUAAAAAAGCUGACCCGCCGCCAGACUCACCGCCGAAUCACUCGCCUCCUUUCCAAGCUCCAACUCCUCUGCAAACUAGUAGCUCUGCCCCAACAAUCUCCUUCGCCCAACAAGCCAAAACUGGCGGUAACUUUCAAGCGGCCCCAAGCAGCAAUUCCAAUGAGCCAGUUCCAGCCUCGCAACUCCGCUCCCAAGUCGAAAUCAAAGACGGCUACAACUUGUACGUGAUGCGCGGUCUCCCAGGCUCCGGAAAAUCAACACUGGCCCAAAGCAUCGUAAAAUCUUACAACGAAGCUGGCAAAAAAGGCAUCAUCUGCUCGGCCGACGAUUUCUUCAUGGACAAUCGGGGCAACUACAACUUUGACCCGACCCGUUUGUCCGAAGCGCACGAGUUUUGCCGCCAGAAAGCGGAUAAAUUCAUGAAAAAGUGCUUCGAAGCCGUGAUAAUUGACAAUACAAAUACCGAAAUCUGGCAGAUGCUUCCCUACGCAAAAAUGGCUCUCAGUUUCCGAUACCGAAUUUCAAUUGAAGAACCGAAUACUGUUUGGAAACUGAAUGUUCGCGAACUCGCUCGGCGAAAUCGACACAAUGUUCCUCAGCAACGAAUUUCAAUCAUGAAGCAAAGCUGGGAGAUGUGUACGACGACCGAGCUUGUCAAAAUCGCGCGCACCACCCUUAUGACUGGAAUGCAGCCCCGUGCCCCUUUCGCAGUGCCUCUUCAACAUCCUAUCGUCUUUUCCCCCGGCGCCCGCUUGCUGGGCCCUCCACUCGGUCUACCUCGCCACGUAACUCCAAGAAUGCCCCUACGUCCCAUGGCUCCUCUGAAUCCCCAGCGUUUAAAAACAAUGUCAAUGAACCCCGCUAUGCCCCAUUCGCGAAUGCCAAUCCCCUCCCCGCCCCAAAGUAAAGUACAGCCACCUGUCAACCCAGCAGCUCCAAAUUCGAAUAAACCCAAGUUCCAAAUGCAAGCCAACGCGGUAAACGUCCCUGACACCGUCCGCGAGUCCAUGGCUCCUCCACCCGCUGAUGACCCAGAAAGAUUCCGCUGUCCACCCAUCGCCGAUCAAGAAGAAGCGCUUGGAAGAUCGAGAACAGUGUCCAAGUCAAACUCGAACGAAGAGUUGAUGAAUUUAAACUCCCGCGCAGCGUCAAGAAAUGAAGAGAAACUUAUUCCGACUGAUUUGCUCAUCGAACAAGAAUCAGAGGAGACCUUAGUCAAUGAUUCUGAGGAUUCUAGCAGUCAGCAGCCAAUUGGUUUCGGAAGACGAAAUCGAAACCGAAACAGCUCUUCUCAUACGCACGACGAUGAGACGGAGUUUCCCUAUUCGUCGAGUUUGGCUGAUUGGAACAUUUCCGGCGGUCUAACCAAAUCCGCUUCCCAAAGUGGAGUUUGGUCCGACCAGCCGCUUCAAAAGCCACCUUCGAAUAAAAGCGACGUUGGAGUUCAAACCGGCGAAGUGCCAAAAACGAAGUCGCGAGUUAUCACCGCGACUGGCGAUUACGAACCAGCUCAAGGCGCUUUGUUCCAAGGCAACUCGUGGAAUAACAUGCAAGACUGGUCAGGCCAAGCUGUAGAGGGCGAAAUCCACGAGGAGACUUCGCCUGGCAUGAUUGAAACGCUGCGCGAGAUGUUCCCCAAGUUAUCCGUCGAACAGUUGAGGAACACCUUGUCCGAAUGUUGUUUUAACGAAGAGCGCGCGAUCGACAGCAUCCUUUCCAGCCUCUACAUGGAAGAUGAUGUCGAAGAGGACGACUUCGAUUUCAACCAAGACGUCAUCGACUCGAUGAACCGAUCGGAGACGUCGACGCCAACUUCUCACGACAACAACGACGAGCCAUUUGUGAUUCGCCGUGGAGAAGAUCUCAUGGAGCAGCUGGCCAAGCGGUUCGGAAAGAGCACCACCAACUUGAGCGGCGAGUUCCACAUUCCAAUGAAGCUAGCGAGAGAAAUCAUGGAGUGGUGGCCGUCUUCCUCUGGGGACGCUUCUCCUAGGGGCACAGAGCAGGAACUGAGUGAUGAGCAGCUCGCCUUGGCGCUUCAAGAAGCAGAGAUGCGUGAACAACAAGAGGAGCUCGAAGAACGGGAAGCACGGAAUGAAGAGUUCCCUUCUUUAAUUCCUGGUCAGCAGCCUCGGCAAAAACCUCAAGGCGACUGGAGCACCUGCGACGGCAAGAAGGGACAUUUCUCGACAAAGCUGAGCCUCGAAAAGCUCCAAAAACUCUUCCCCAGCAUGCCAAAAGAUCGCCUAGAAGACUAUCUCCGCGACAACAACUACAACUACACGACUACAGUCAAAACGCUUGCUCUCCUGUUUGACAAGCAGUUCCCAACAAGCUCCCGUCAAAAGACGAAAUCUACUUCAAGUAGCCGUCCGGGAUCUGCUGAGCCACACGAGCCACAAUUUAUCAAUCACACUAGACGAUACGACGAGAAUCGUAAAGAAGCAGAAUUUUAUCGUCAAAAGUGGGAGGAAUUGAAGAAACGAGCGAUGGACGCAGCAAGACGAAGAGACGCCGCGGGAGGCGGAGAAGCGGCAAAACUACGCGACGAUGCGCAGCAUUAUUACAAUCUCUGGCAAGAAGCGCAAAAAACUGCGGCGGAAAGACUUUUCCAAAAGAACAACGAGCGCUUCGCUGGAACUUCUGAAGCUAACUAUUUCGACUUCCACGGUCUUCACCGCGACGAAGCGAUCAAGAAACUCAAGCAGCUCCUUGCUGAAGUCACCGCGCAAGGCCAUUACAGCCACGUUUUCAUAAUUACUGGCCAGGGACGUCACUCCAAAGGCAAUAAAGCGAAACUGCGCAAAGCUGUUGAGGCCUACCUAAGCCAGCACGACUACAAGUUCAACCCGCACAGAGACAACCCGGGUCUCCUUAAAGUAUUCUUACGAAAAAAGUAA